CAGGCAAAGUGCUGCCAUUGCAAACAUAUUACAUAUACAACGUAAGUAACAGCCCAUUUUACGAGACAACUUUCAUCCUACAAGGUUUUAGUUUGAUGAUAACCUCAUCUGUGUACACCGGCACGGAUUCCUUCAUGGGUUAUCUGGUCUUCCAUAUUUGUGGUCAACUUGAAAACUUCAGGACACGUAUUCUUAAUCUGGAUAAAUUUAGUCACUUUGAAGAAGCACUAUCUUCUAGCGUGCAGGAUCAUAUACGUCUUAUCAGAUGUAUUAAAAUCAUCGACAAUACAUUUAACUUGAUGCUGCUUAGUCUGCUGGUUUAUUUUGGCAUACUUUUUGCUCUGUUUGGAUUUUUAUUUAUCACCAUAACGACACAAGGUCGCAAUCUCUCCAUUGCUCGACUCAUUUACAUCCUGACGGCUUUCAUUACGGGGUUCACACAUAUGUGUCUUUAUUGUGUGAUAGGCGAAUUUUUAGUUAUUCAAUGUGAUGGGAUUUACGAGGCUACUUAUCACUAUAAGUGGUAUAAUCUAAAGCCGAGGCAGGCCAGAAAUCUGUUGAUUAUAAUGAUGCUAGCUAAUAAACCACUGCACCUUACUGCAGGAAAACUCUUUCCUAUGACGAUGGCUACAUUUUGCAAUCUGUUAAAAACAUCGGGUGGUUACAUAUCGGUUUUACUGGCACAUCGUAAUUAAACUGUAGACAUUUAAUUGUAUAAAACAAAUCCCC